AUGAAAGUGGAAUUACCACUCGAUUUGAGAAUGUGGACGGACAAUUCACAGCAACAGCAUCGUCACUACAUCCCUUCACGACGGCCGGCCGCCACCACCACCACCACCAGUUAUAAACAAAGAAACAAGCUGUAGAAAUACAUAGGCGUUUUCUUCGAUUCUGUAAACACAUUCAAGAAAUUCAAGAUUCAAUCUUUGGUGUUUAUUUCGCUAGGAAAUGCAAAACCCAACACAAUCAUCAUCCACCACCACUCUCUACACCAUCGUAACCAUCACCACCCUCAUCUUUCUCCUCUUUUUCUUUUCCCCAUUUCCCUCCCCACCGCCACCGCCAUCUUUCUCCGACCCAUACCUCUUUCCUCACCGUCUAUCCACCACCCAAUAUCACAACCACCAACUCCUCUUCCUCAACAGCAACAAAACCACCAAUCAAUCUCCUCCUGCCUCGCCUACCAUCGCCUAUUUCAUUACCGGAUCCUUCAACGAUUCGAAUCGGAUUAUCCGACUUCUUUUGUCUAUCUACCAUCCAAGAAACCAAUACCUUCUUCAUCUUGACCGUUCUGCCCCUCAAAAAGAACGUGACCUUUUAGCCCUCUCCGUUCAAUCAAUUCCGGUUUUUUGGGCCGCCCAAAAUGUUAAUGUUAUUGGGAAAGCUGAUCUUGUUUCCCCUAAAGGAUCUUCUUCUAUUUCUUCCACUUUACAUGGUGUUGCUAUUCUCUUGAAGCUUUCCCCUGAUUGGGAUUGGGUUAUAAAUCUCUCUGCUGCUGAUUACCCCCUUGUUACUCAAGAUGAUCUUCUUCAUAUUCUAUCAUACCUACCUAAAGAUCUCAACUUUGUGAAUCACACAAGCUACAUUGGCUGGAGAGAGUCACGGAUUUUGAAACCUGUGGUGGUUGACCCUGGGCUUUUUCUUGCUGAGCAGAGUGAGAUCUUUUAUGGCACCCAAAGACGCCCAUUGCCAGAUGCUUACCGGUUGUUCACAGGUUCACCAUCGGCUAUAUUGAGCCGCAGGUUUGUGGAGUUUUGCAUCUUAGGAACAGAAAACUUACCCAGGACCCUGCUUAUGUACUUGUCUAACAGUCUUUCAUCCCAAUCUGUAUACUUCCCGACUGUUCUAUGUAAUUCUCCUCAACUAAAUAGAACGGUUAUAAACCACAAUUUGCAAUAUUCUGCAUACAAGACCAAACAUGAACCUCGCACACUCCACUCAGACGACUUGGAUGAUCUAAUCAACAGUGGUUCAGCAUUUGGUUCUCCAUUUGUUCAUGAUGAUCCAGUUCUGGACCGCAUCGACCAAGAACUACUGAAGCGUGGUGAGGGGAAACCAGUUCCAGGUGGGUGGUGUUUAGGUGAGUCUAGGGAUGAGGCGUGUAGUAUAUGGGGUGAUGCUGAUGUUUUGAAGCCAGGUCCAGGAGCCAAAAGGCUGGAGCAAAGAAUGGUUGAGUUACUCUCAAAUGAGACAUUUUAUUCCCAUCAAUGCAUUUUUGAAUGAUGAUGUGUUUUGCCCAAUUGAGUGGAUUUUUACAGAUGAAAUUUGUUGUAUAUUGGUAUUUGCAUCAAUCAAGUUUAGUUGCAUGCUGUUAAAGGGGUAUGGCUUCAUAUCCAUUUAUUCCAGCAACCAUAUC